GCUAGCGCCACGACGUCACGAGGAAAGACGCCGCCGUGAUGACGCUCUCUUGCUCGCCGGCGCCGGCGAAGGCGGCGGCCACCGCUCUCGUGAAGAUUCUUGUUCUUGCGGCGGUGGUCGCCACGACGACGACGUCUGCUGGCGCCGGCGCCGGCGACGGCGACGACGAGCCCACGUACGAGACCAAGUCCAUAGACCCCAGCCUCGCCGUGAUGACGCUGCCGCCGCCCGUGAUGGGCCCGGAGAGCCUCGCCUUCGACGGCCGCGGCGAGGGGCCCUACACCGGCGGCUCCGACGGCCGCAUCCUCCGGUGGCGCGGCGGCCGCCUCGGCUGGACCGAGUUCGCCUACAACUCCAGGCACAAGAGCGUCGGGGUUUGCGCGCCGGAGAAGAAGCUGGUGGUGCCGGAGAGCGUGUGCGGGCGGCCGCUGGGGCUGCAGUUCCACCACGCGUCGGGCGACCUGUACGUUGCCGACGCGUACCUGGGCCUGAUGAGGGCGCCGGCGCGCGGCGGACUGGCGGAGGUGGUGGCGACGGAGGCCGCCGGCGUGCCGUUCAACUUCCUCAACGGCCUCGACGUCGACAUGAGGACCGGCGACGUCUACUUCACCGAUAGCAGCACCACGUACCGGAGGAGCCAAUACCUGCUGGUGGUGGCCAUGGGCGACGAGACGGGCCGUCUCCUCCGGUACGACGCGCGGCGGCGGCGCGUGACGGUGCUCCACUCCGGCCUCCCCUACCCGAACGGCGUCGCCGUGAGCGAGGACGGCACGCACGUGGUGGUGGCGCACACGGGGCUGUGCGAGCUCCGCCGCUACUGGGUGCGGGGGCCCCGGGCCGGCAAGUCGGAGACGCUCGCCGAGGUGCCCGGCUACCCGGACAACGUGCGCCGCGACGGGCGCGGCGGCUACUGGGUGGCGCUGAGCCGCGAGGCCGACGACGGCGACGUUGCUCCCACGGUGGCGGUGCGCGUGGCGGCGGCGGCGGGGGGGAAGAAGAAUGGCAGUGCCGCCGGCGCGGCGGUGGUGGAGGCGCUCGCCGGGUUCGGCUUCGUGACGGUGAGCGAGGUGGCGGAGCGGAACGGCACGCUCUGGGUCGGCUCCGUCGACACGCCGUACGCCGGCGCCGCGCUGGGCCGGUGACGCACGUGCGUGUGGCGCGGUGUUCGUCGUUGUUGCACGCUUGCACUACCCCUUAACUAAAAUUUUGUUACGUUUUUCAUGUGUGGUAUAUGUAACUAAAUAUAUUAAUGUGGAUGUGAUUGUGGGAUUUGUACUGAGAAAUCAAGUAAAUUUGCUAGUAUAUGAGAUUGUAGAUUGUAACAGUUUUUUUCUAGAGUAUUUUAAUUAGAAAUGUCU